ACGGAGCUCAGGAAAACAGGACUUGAAUAAGAGCUUGAUACCAGGCACUUAAAGCUUUAACUGGUCUCAGCCGCUUGGCGUAAGCGUCGCGUCUCCGCCGGGCGGACGGACACGUUAGCGGGGACAUCGCGGGGUUUCCGCGGUUCUCUACAGACGUGGAGAUGAAGGGGAAGGAGGAGCGGCGGCGGCCGGCGGCCCCGAAGAGGAGAAACGUGUCGCCGAGCAGCAGUGAUGAUGAGGACUCGGACGUGGAGAAGAACUUCGCUCUGCUCACUGAGGGAGGAGGAGGAGCUGAGGAGGAAGAGCAGCACCACGCAGGAGAAGAAGAACUGAGUGAUGAUGAUGAUGAAGAAGAAGGUUCUGAUGGUGAUAAUGAAGAGGAUGAGGAGGGUCUAGAUGGUGCCGAGGAAGAGUCUGAUGAUGAUGGUGGAAAGGAGGAGGAGGGUGAGGGAGGUUCAGACAGUGAAGCCUCUGCUGAUGAAGAUGAUGAUGAUGAUGAAGAGUCAGAGGACGCUGCUGGCAGCAGCGAGAGGCAGACGAGAGAAGACAUCAAAACAGAACUUUCCAGCAUGUCCUUUGAGGACAUCCUGAAGCUGCAGAACAAAGUGGGAACCAAAGUGUACAACGAGGUGGCCUACGGCGGCCAGAAGAGCGCCGAGAGCAGCAGGAAGAGACGCCCGAACAAGAACAGGCCCGUGGAGAUCUCAGCCAAGAAGGCGGCUCCGUUCCUCCGUCAGGUCGUCGCCGUCAGGAAGCCGACGUAUCGAGACCCGCGAUUUGACGACCUGUCGGGAGAGUACAAACCCGAGAUCUUUGAGAAGACGUACGAAUUCAUCAACCACAUCAAACACAGAGAGAAGGAGGCGGUGCAGAAACAGCUGAAGAAGAAGAAGAUGAGCAACCAGAGGAAGGAGAAACUGCAGUUCCUGCUGAAGAGGAUGGAGAGCCAGGAGCGAGCGAGGAGGAGCCGAGAGCAGCAGAGGGAGAGAGAGCUGCACUUCAAGAGGCAGCAGAGAGAGCGAGCCAAUCAGGGCGCACGGCCGUUCUUCCUCAAGAAAUCCGAGAAGAAGAAGCUGCAGCUCGCCGAGAAAUACGAGCAGCUGAAGAAGAGCGGCAAGCUGGAGAACUUCCUGAGCAAGAAGAGGAAGAGGAACGCCGUGAAGGACCGCAGGAAGCUGCCCCAGCAGCUGCAGAGGAAGAAGGCGGCGUGAGGCGUUCAGGGACACUAAAACGCCUGGAGGAGAAGCUGCUCGGCCUGUAAUGAGCCGCUUCAGCCUGCGGGUGGAGCUGUUCAACAGUCACAGGCUUCUCCAUCCCAGCAUACACGCACUCAAAAAAUCGUUUAGUUGAUCCUCAACUUUGACAGCAGGUUGAAUCUCACCUCAGGGUCGCCUGUGCGAACACUGAAAUGUCUGAGGUUGGAGAGUCCGUGAAUGCAGCGUCAGUGAGAAGGCUGCUGGUUGUUUCCCUGCAGAUGAGAGCAGAACGUUUUACAAACUAGCUGUGCAGAUGUUAUCGGAUCACAUGUGGUUCACCUCAGCACCUUUUUUGUUUUUUUGUUUUUUUAAUUAAAAUCUAUUUUGUGGGGGUUUUUUUGUCUGUACAAACAUGUCAAGUCAAAGUGAAAAACGAAGCGGGUGUAACGUUUAAGGUCUCAGAGGAACUUGCUGAUUGUAAUCCUACAAGUCCAAACUCAAACUUUUAAGAUUCUGCUUGUUUCUCUGUCAGAACAAAUAAACUAAAGAAACAAACGUGAAAA